AUGACAGAGGACAACUAUCGACCAAGAUCUCCUGAUUUCUCUUCUCCGCUUCCCCCGAACCCCACUCAACCUUACGCGCCCUUGAGUAGCCCACUAGCGCAUCGCGCUUCCUACGACGCCUCGCCUUUCUUCAAUACGUACCAGCCUUCGAGCUCGAGUCGCGUUCCCCAGCAGUACGUUCCACCUGAUCAUAUCGCCUUUCAAGACGAAAUGGCCCGACGCUCAUCACGCCUGCAGCCCGAGGACCCGCCCGUCCCCGAGCCCGCAAUGCCCGCAACAAUGCCUGUCGCGAUACCAGAAGAUCCCCCACAGACUCGCCCCGGCGCCGGUAUCGAAGUGAAAACCAAGUUCCCCGUGGCACGAAUUAAGCGCAUCAUGCAAGCAGAUGAAGAUGUGGGCAAGGUCGCGCAAGUGACUCCCGUCGCAGUUUCCAAAGCACUCGAGCUCUUUAUGAUUUCUUUGGUCACCAAAGCCGCCCAGGAGGCACGGGACCGUAACUCGAAACGCGUCACUGCAGCCCACCUCAAACAAGCCGUUGUCAAGGAUGAAGUUUUGGACUUUCUCGCUGAUAUCAUCGCCAAGGUCCCUGAUCAGCCUGCCGGUCGGAAACACGAGGACGAUGGUAGUGAUCAGAAUGAAGGUCGCCGGAAGCGUGGUGGACGUCGACCCAAGGAAGAAAGCGACUAA